AUGUCUACUAAGUCUAGAUUCUGUCCUCUCUGCGAUGUCCUAGUUGAUGUGUGGUUAACACCUGAUGAUAAUCUUGCAAAUCCCGACUAUCGUCUUAAUUGGUUACAAGAAGUUCGAGCGUUACGGACUACGGAAGAACUUGAAGGUUCUUUUAUAACGGGAACUGGAUGGCUCGAUAUAGAGGGAAAUGUCAUCGCCCCCGUCGAGUAUGACAGUCACUAUCGUAAUUACGAACCGCUGCAAGAUCUACAUCAGGAUUUCGCGACACAUGAAAUCGGUUAUCCACAAUGUGAACCUGCCGAGUAUUGGUGUUAUGUCCUCCACGAUGCCUGCUGGAAGCUUCUCAGAGAACGUGUUGAUCCGAAUCAUGAGGUUCCUGUUAACAGCUUAGCACAUCAUCUCUUUGCUAUACUAUUCAAUACCCCCGUGAGUGCCGAGAGUGAGGCUUUAGUACCUGGCCAUAACUACGGACACGCCAGUCAACUCCACCCACGCGAAGGAGAAGUCCAUGGCCGCUAUUUCACUCGUGUGAAUUUGACUAGUUACUCAUUCAUCACGGGCGACAUAACUGAGGAGUUUGUACCUGAAGAGGAAAGUCUUGAGAAUGAAGCCAAAUACUUUUACGCUUACUUGGCCAACUCUUAUACGAAACAUAGGAAUUACUCUAAGCCAGAUCCUUUCUUACUUCUUCCAAGCGAGCUUAUCGUGCUCAUCCUUGCCCAACUACCAAGUCGAGAUGUUUGCAACUUACGGCUCGCUUCAAGAUACACGGCUGAUCGUUCCUCUCCAGAGUUCCUUGAUCAGAAGUUCUGGUCUAGCCGGUUCGGCCCGGAUUUUGAAAUGGGUUUCGUUUUUGCCGGCCUUUCCAACUCAAGGCCGGCUGAGCCCGCAGAUUGGCGGGCGCUAUACCUCAAAGCUGUAUGUGUAGAAUAUUUCUACAAGAACCACUAUAUUUUCUCUUGA